CAGCAACCCUGCUCAAUACUGUCAAUAGAUAGAUCGCUCGUUAGAUCGAUAUAGACUGGCAGAGAUCGAUAACUGCCAUCAUGGAUCCGAAUUCGACCUGCUAUACCAUCGUGAACGAUGACUCGUUGCUCGACUCUGGUGCCGCUCCUUCCAUCCCGGAUCUUCGUAAUGCCUUGCAGAAGGGAAGCGACGAGGUCAAGAUGGACACUAUGAGGAGGGUUAUCGUGGGAACGCUGAACGGACAAAACUACACUGCCCUCUUGAUGCCUAUGAUCCAAUAUGUCUUGCCUUCACGAAACAAGCAAAUCAAGAAGUUGCUGCAUUUCUACUGGGAGGUCUGCCCUAAGCUGGACGAGCAGGGGAAGCUGAAGCAGGAGAUGAUCUUGGUCUGUAAUGCCAUUCGAAAUGAUCUCCAACACCCCAACGAAUACAUCCGAGGAGCCACCCUUCGGUUCCUACAGAAGAUCAGGGAGGCCGAGCUCCUGGAACCUCUGAUUCCUACUGUCCGAAGCUGUUUGGAACACCGACACUCGUUUGUGAGGAAGAACGCCGUCUUCGCUACUUGGACUAUCUACCAGGACCACGAGCACCUGAUUCCCGACGCUCCGGAGCUGUUGGAGACGUUCUUGGCUGCUGAAUCGGAUAUCACUUGCAAGCGCAACGCUUUCGUCGCACUAAGCAGCGUCUCGCAUGACAGUGCCGUUCAGUACCUCCUCAACUCGUCAGAAUCGAUCGACUCGAUGGACGAGUUGAUGCAGAUGGCCGUUAUCGAGUUGAUCAGGGCGGAUGCCAAGGGUGACAGUCCGAACAGGGCACGGUGGAUUAGGUCUGUUUUCGGCUUGCUCAAUUCUGCAAGCAGUGCUGUCAAAUAUGAAGCCGCUACCAGCUUGACCAGCCUCACCCAGAAUCCCGCUGCAGUCAAAGCCGCUGCUGGUGCCUUUGCCGAACUCCUCGUCAAAGAAGCCGACAACAACGUCAAGCUCAUCGUCCUCGACCGAAUCGACGCGCUCCGCGAAAAGUUCCCUCAUGUCCUGGAUGGUCUCGUCAUGGACAUCCUCAAGGUAUUGACGAGUCCCGACAUGGAGGUCAAGCGAAAAGGACUCGGUAUCGCCCUGGAGAUGAUUACCAGCCGGAACGUCGAAGAGGUUGUCCUCUUCCUGAAAAAACAGCUGCAAACCACUUCGGAGCAAGACUUUGACAAGAGCGUCGAGUACCGACAAUUGUUGAUCCAGAGCAUUCACACUUGCGCGAUCCGGUUCUCCGAGGUUGCCGCCAAUGUCGUUCACGUGCUUAUGGACUUUUUGGGAGACUCGAACAAUCCUUCUGCUGUGGACGUCGUCGCUUUUGUUCGAGAGGUGGUGGAGAAGUUCCCCAAGCUUCGAGCCGAGAUCGCCGAAAAGCUCAUCUCGACCUUCAGCGAUAUCAAAUCUGGAAAGGUCUACCGAGGAGCUUUGUGGAUCGUCGGAGAGUAUUGCGAGGAUGUCGAACAUAUCAAGCGAGCUUUCGCCGAAGUUCGACACGUCAUUGGGGAGAUCCCGAUCCUGGCAUCCGAACAGCGCCUUCUCGAUGCUGCCGAAGCCGCAGACGAUGUCACGACCGAGAAGCAGGAGGAACAGACUACGGUCACCAAGACCAGGGUGUUGGCCGACGGAACCUACGCAACCGAGACCGUGUACACUAGUGCCGCUGCACAGGCCCGACUAGAACAAGUGAAGGCGGCCACCAAGCCUCCUCUCCGAGCUUUGAUUCUAGGAGGCGACUUUUACACAAGUUCGGUCCUUGCUUCGACCUUGACCAAAUUGACCCUGAGAUACGCCAAACUCGCCAACGAUGCUCAAGCGGUCAACGCAUUGAAGGCGGAAGCCAUGUUGAUCAUGACUUCCAUCGUUCGAGUGGGGCAAUCGCACUUUGCUGCCAUUCCCAUUGACGAAGAUUCGAGGGAGAGGAUAAUGAACUGUAUCGAGACGCUAGCAAACCUGAAGACAGCCCAAGCCGCUUCCGACAUCUUCCUCCAGGAUACCAGAGCAGCUUAUACCAAAAUGGUCGCCAAUGAAGAGAAAAAGGCUCGUCAGAAGAAGGAGAAGGACAACAAGAAGGCUGUCAUUCAGGCCGAUGACCUGAUUGCCUUCAGGCAAUUUGCGAAGAAGACGCAGACGGACGACAAUGAUGUCGACGCCGACUUGUCUCGUGCUACCGGUAGCGCCGAGAUUCGCGACGACUUCAUCUCCAAGCUCAGCCGCAUGAUGCAGCUUACGGGCUUCUCCGAUUCCGUCUAUGCCGAAGCUUGUGUGACUGUGCAGCAAUUUGACAUCGUACUCGAUGUCCUAAUCGUCAAUCAGACUGCCGAGACCUUGCGAGAUCUGACCAUUGACUUUGCAACUCUGGGAGACCUCAAGUUGGUCGAGCGACCGGUGCCGCACACGCUUGCGCCUCACGGUUUCCACACUAUCAAGGCUACUAUCAAGGUGUCCUCAACCGAGACCGGAGUGAUCUUCGGCAACGUCGUGUAUGAGAAGCAAGGUGCCUCGGAUAGCAGUGUCAACAUCGUUCUUAACGAUAUCCACGUCGACAUCAUGGACUACAUCAAGCCGGCUUAUUGCAAUGAAGCACAGUUCCGCAGCAUGUGGACAGAAUUCGAAUGGGAGAACAAGGUCAACGUCAACACGACGAUCAGUGAUCUGCGACUCUACCUGCAGCACAUCAUGAAGUCGACCAACAUGGCCUGCCUGACACCGGAAGGAGCGUUGGACGGCGACUGCGACUUCUUAUCAGCAAACCUGUGUGCCAAGAGUCUAUUCGGCGAGGACGCUUUGGCAAACUUGUCAAUCGAGAAGACAGAAGACGGGGCCAUUCAAGGUCACGUAAGAAUUCGAUCAAAGACUCAGGGUAUUGCGUUGUCACUCGGUGACAAGAUUACCUUGGCACAAAAAGCUGCAGCUGCAUCCCCUCCAGCUUAGACGCAAGGGUGUGGUAGGGGUUUCCACGUUGUAUUAUGCUAUUAACAGCGCUUUCGGUUUGAUUACACGACAAUGACGAUUCCGACCUAGUCUCUAGUCACUGCCGGUA